UGAACUGUUCCGUUUUGCAUGAUGCAUGUUGCGCAUGUUGUGAGUGAUUGCUGCAUGGUGUGGCUACUGUCCCGUUUCCGGCGCAUGCUUACUGGCUUUUCUUUUGUCAGGUGCCAUGCCUCGUUGUUUGUUGAAUAAAGCCUUCGCAAGUUAAAGUGGCUUUCAGUUCAAUUUAUUCAACAAACAACACAAGAAGCCACAAGAAGAAAGAGGUCUGUUAUACACUGCCUACUAUGGAACGGAUUCUCAGACCAGAUCGUUUUGAUACAGACCCCAAUAGCAGUGAAGCUCAAAAGGAGUGGAAGCACUGGCACAAGACGUUCUCAAACUUUCUCACGUCUAUAGCUGACCAUAAUCCAAACAAACUUGACGUUCUGGUGAACUAUCUUAGUCCUCGGGUCUAUGACUAUGUAUCAGAGUGCAGCACAUACGAAGAAGCUGUGGAAAUUUUGUCUGCUCUGUAUAUCAAGCCCAAGAAUGAGGUUUUUGCUCGUCACUUGCUUGCCAGUAGACGGCAGGGGUCUGGAGAGACGCUUGAUCAGUUUCUUCAAGCACUGAAGAGCUUAAGUGUCGACUGCAACUUCAAAGCUGUCAGUGCUGAGCAGCACAAAGAGGAAUUCAUCAGAGACGCUUUCAUCAACGGGCUGCGCUCACAGCAAAUCAGACAGCGUCUUCUUGAAAACAAGACCCUGGAGCUGUCAGCGGCUUUUGACCAGGCUCGAGCCCUAGAGUCUGCUCAGCAGAGUUUGGAAUCAUACUCAGUUCCAAAUCCAGUCACAGCGGCUGCGGCCCAGUCGGAUGUAGAGCCAGAACCAGUUGCCUCUGCUUCUGAUGAUGUGAGAGUUACUGCAGCAGGGGUUGUGGAAAAGUGCUUCUUCUGUGGUAGAAAGCGCCACCCUCGCAGUGCAUGCCCUGCUCGUAAUGUGACCUGCUUGAACUGUGGAAAGAAAGGGCAUUAUCAAUCAGUGUGUAGGUCGCCAGCUGCACCAUUGUCUCGUACUUCUGUCUCGCAUGCCAUGCUGUCUGCUGCCACGCCUGGCAAUCUGUCUAAAGCUACUGUGAGUGUGACACUUGGUGAUCAUGAGCUCAGGGCUCUGGUGGACACUGGUAGCACCGAGAGUUUCAUCUCUGAAAGCUGUGUCAGGGACCUUGGCCUCUCUGUGCUGCCAGCCUCUGGGAAGGUUUCUAUGGCUGCUACAACCCUUUCCUCUAACAUUCGUGGCUGUUGUGUGGAGAAGCUGGAGGUGCAGGACUGUGUGUACCAUGAUGUGCGGUUGUCUGUGCUGCCUUACCUGUGCUCUGACAUCAUCCUGGGCCACGACUUUCUCAAGCAGCAUGAAAAUGUCACUGUGAGCUUCGGAGGUAACAAACCUCCUCUGAACGUGUGUGGGCUAGCAACGUUCUCUGUUUCUCCACCUUCCCUCUUUGAAAACCUGAGCCCAAACUGCACGCCAGUGGCCACCAAAUCAAGAAGGUUCAGUGAGGAGGACCGGGCCUUCAUCGAGUCUGAGACUCAGAAACUUCUCACCGAGGGUAUCAUCGAGCCGAGCACUUCUCCCUGGCGUGCGCAGGUAGUUGUGACGGUGAACGAAAGGCACAAAAAGAGAAUGGUGAUUGAUUAUUCUCAAACAAUCAACAAAUUUACUCUGCUGGACGCAUACCCUCUCCCUCGCAUCGAUGAUGUCGUCAACAGCGUUGCGAAGUACAGACACUUUAGCACCAUUGAUCUGAAAAGUGCGUAUCACCAGAUACCCAUCCGUGAGGCUGACAAGAAGUUCACUGCCUUCCAGUCCGGACAGAACCUGUAUCAGUUUCGUCGUCUGCCGUUCGGGGUGACCAAUGGUGUGGCCUGUUUCCAGCGUACCAUGGACGACUUCAUUCGAGACAACUGUCUCAAGGACACGUUCGUGUACUUGGAUGACGUCACUGUCUGCGGGAGGACAAAGGAGGAGCAUGAUGUCAACCUUCAGAGGUUUCUGGAUGCUGCAAAACGCUACAAUCUGACGCUGAACGAGAACAAAUGUGUGUACUCUGUCUCAACCAUCAGGCUCCUGGGGUACUGCAUCUCUGACGGAGAGAUAAAGCCCGAUCCUGAGAGGCUGGAGCCACUCCGAAACCUCCCCCUUCCUCAGGACACAAUGGCACUUCGACGAGCUGUUGGUAUGUUUUCAUACUACUCUCAGUGGAUUCCCAGAUUUUCUGAGAAGAUUCGCCCAUUGACUGGAGCGACAUCUUUCCCCCUUGGAAAAGAAGCUCGUGAAGCGUUUGUGAAAAUGAAGGAAGAGAUAGAAAAGUCUGUAGUCCAGUCGAUAGACGAGGCGAUUCCAUUUGUGGUGGAAACUGACGCAUCAGACGUCGCUCUCGCGGCCACUCUGACUCAAGCGGGAAGACCUGUGGCUUUCUUCUCCAGGGUGCUCAAUGCCAGUGAGCAGAAGUACGCUGCCGUUGAGAAGGAGGCCCAUGCCAUCGUUGAUGCUCUUCGGAAGUGGAGGCACUACCUUGCUGGAAAGCACUUCACCCUCAUCACUGACCAACAGUCUGUGGCUUUCAUGUUCAGCCAAGCGCACGCGGGGAAGAUAAAGAACGACAAGAUCCAACGGUGGAGGCUGGAACUGUCCUGCUUUGACUUCGAUGUCGUGUAUCGGCCUGGCAAGGACAAUAUUCCCGCUGACACACUGUCUCGUAUGUCCCUCUGCUCGGCAGUCGAUUCGAACAAACUGAUCGAGCUACAUAACGCCUUGUGUCAUCCCGGUGUGACGAGAAUGGCUCACUUUGUGCGCUGUAGAAACCUCCCAUUUUCCAUUGAUGACGUGAAGAGAGUUACGUCCUCUUGUCCUGUGUGUGCUGAAUGUAAACCCAGGUUCUACAAGCCGCCUGCCUCGCACCUGAUCAAAGCCACCCGUCCAUUCGAACGGCUGAGUAUUGAUUUUAAGGGACCGCUGCCUACCUCAUCUCGCAACCGAUAUCUUCUGACAGUCAUAGAUGAGUACUCACGAUUUCCUUUUGCCUUCCCCUGUGCAGAUAUGUCGACCGAGACUGUGAUCGCGCGUCUUUGUGAGUUGUUUUCGGUGUUCGGGAUGCCAGCUUUUGUUCAUUCCGAUCGCGGCGCGUCAUUCAUGUCCUCCGAACUCAGAGACUUUCUCACAAGUCGGGGAGUAGCGGUCAGCAGGACCACCCCGUACAAUCCCCAGGGAAACGGCCAAUGCGAGCGAUACAAUGGAGUGAUCUGGCAGUCCAUUACACUCGCUCUGAAAACUCGAAAACUGUCGAUUACUCACUGGGAGAGUGUACUUACCGAUGUGCUUCAUUCCAUCCGAACGCUGCUUUGUACUGCCACCAACUCUACUCCGCACGAGCGUAUGUUCGCCUUCCAGAGGCGUUCAGCGAGUGGCCACUCUGUUCCCUCUUGGCUAGCUGCGCCGGGGAAAGUGCUGCUAAAACGACAUGUCCGCCGUUCAAAGUACGAGCCGUUGGUCGAUGAAGUCGAUGUUCUCGAUGUCAACCCACGGUAUGCACAUGUGAGGCUACCUAGCGGUCAGGAAACAACUGUGUCUGUUCGUGAUCUUGCUCCGCCGGGUGAUAUUCCUGUUCGCGGUCGUGAUGAGGAUGCCGUACUCCAGCCGGGUAUCGCAUGUGAACCGUCGCAGGACCCCGAGUUGAUCCCAGCUGAUUGUGACGACCAGUCUCAGCCCUGUGAGCUUAUCGUGGACCCACCUGACGCUUCCCUCGGAACUAACGAGGCCGGCGACACGUCGGCUCUUCGUCCGAAUGUUGAUGUGGAGUCUCGCGUUCGUCCGAAUGUUGAUGUGGAGACUCGCGUACCGCCGCGGCGCUCGAUGCGUGAAAGACGAGCCCCAAAGCGACUAGAUCUGUGACAUGUUGCGCAUUUUGUUGGCGGGGGAGAAUGUGGUGAACUGUUCCGUUUUGCAUGAUGCAUGUUGCGCAUGUUGUGAGUGAUUGCUGCAUGGUGUGGCUACUGUCCCGUUUCCGGCGCAUGCUUACUGGCUUUUCUUUUGUCAGGUGCCAUGCCUCGUUGUUUGUUGAAUAAAGCCUUCGCAAGUUAA